AUGGGUGAUGUGCGGCAAACAAUCAAGCAAUCAAUUCCGGUAGACGUUAAUAAACCGUAUGACCCAUCGACUCUCAAGGAUAAAACGAUUCUCAUCACGGGAGGCGCUAAUGGGUUGGGCGCGCAUAUGGUCCGCCAUUGGGCUUCUCAUGGUGCAAAUGUCGUGAUUGGGGAUGUUGCCGACAGAGCUGGUGAAGAGCUCGUGGCCGCUCUUCGAAUGGCAUACCCCAGAGGAGUUUUUGAAUUCCGACACUGCGACGUCACGGAUUGGGAAUCUCAAGUCAGCCUUUUCGAUGCCGCCGUCAAAGCCAGCCCGCAUGGCACUAUAGAUAUUGUGGUGCCCAAUGCAGGUAUUAUUCUUCCUGGGGAGGCGACUAAAUUCGAAAAUCCAGACUUGGUGAAUGGCAAAUUGCUUGAGCCCAACACGGCUACUCUUGAUGUAAAUGUCAAAGGAGUCAUAUUCACUGCUCACCUUGCGCUAUAUUAUCUUCCACAAAACAAAAGACAGGAUCGAUGCUUUCUGUUUGUUGGCUCCGUGGCCUCACUUAUCCCUCUUCCUGGCCAGAGUCAUUAUUGCAUGAGCAAACAUGCCGUGCUGGGCCUCUUUCGUUCAAUGCGCGGAACUGCUUUUUUGAAGGGAAUCCGCAUCAACAUGAUCGCACCAUACUAUAUUGCACAGACCAAAAUGUUACAGGCAACCACCGAGGCACUGUUACUCUCUGGGUCUGCGGGACCAGGACAAGUUCCCGAUGUUAUUGAUGCGGCAACGCGUUUGAUUGCAGAUGAAUCAAUAGUUGGUCGCGCGCUUGUUGUUGGUCCUCGACUGAAGCCUCACGAUUUCGAGGGCAUUGAUAAAGAAAGUGGUUUGAUGGAGGAAACGGAUGGAUAUCAGGGUCAAGGAAUUUGGGAAUGCUACGCGCACGAUUACGACCAGGUCGAGACUUUUGUGAAGAGGUAUUUGUGGCUUCUGAAUGCCGCUGCUAGGGCGCGAGGGAUGCUUGCUUGGAUUCGGGAUAUUAUAGCCAUAUGGAAACGAGAAUAA